UCCUCCGCCGCCUCUCUCCCCCAAGCCGCCCCCUCCCCCUUCCUCUUCUCCUCCACCUCCCUCUCCCCCUCCCAAGCGGUCUCCACCCCCACCUCCUCCCAAGCCCCCCACCUCCUCCGCCUCACCCCCACCUCCCACAACCACCCCUGGCACAUGUGGCAACGGCAAGGUGGGUAACGCCCGCUGCGCCGACCCCUCCCUCUGCUGCUCCUCUGCUGGCUGGUGCGCUGUGAGUCGCGACCACUGCCUGACCUACUGCGUGGGAGGUCCCUGCUGGCAGCCGCCGCUGCCACCACAACCGCCCCCCAGGCCCCCGGUACCUCCGGGCAGCACCUCACCGCCACCGCCGCCGCCUCCGGUGGUGCCGUGCGGGAAUGGCGAAGUGGGCAACAAGCAGUGUCUGGCGAAAGGCGAGUGCUGCUCCUCUGCUGGCUGGUGCGCUGUAAGUCGCGACCACUGCCUGACCUACUGCGUGGGAGGUCCCUGCUGGUUUCCCCCGCCCCGCUCGGCUCCGCCACCUCCCCCGCCCGGAAACAACACCGCCACCACCAACAAGGGUUAAGAGCUGGGUUUGUAAAUGGCUGCUGAUGGCAGUCCGUUGGAGGCACUACGGUGCUGGCGAAAAGAGAGGAGCGCACUACCUGCACCGGUAUUGUCAAGACCGCAUUGCAGAAAACGGUGGUAAAGCGUGGCAUGGGGUGGGUGUUUGUGCGAGCGCAGCAGGGCAGCUUCACAAGCCCUGUUGAGGGGCGAGCGCAGGGAUGCCCAACAGCAAUGAUGGCUACCUGCUGUGGUGAGCGCAGCUUAUUAUGCUUAGUAGUUUACAGUAUAGCGUGAUCGGGAUACAACAGAACAUCUGGAAGUAGCUUUACGAGGCUCUAUGGACCCUGAUGUUUCCGGAUGUAUCCAAACAGCGCACGCUCAUUCGCAGGCGCUAUUGUUCCUAGCAUGGAGUCCGUUAGAUGACCCGUGGGUCGCUACAAUGUAUCCUGAUAAUAAUCUGUACGUAUAUUUUGCACAUAGGUACAGAUGUGCAAAAUUAGGUUUUGCACAUCUGUGCCUAUGUACCAGUAUUAGCUACAUGCCUAGAGCUGCCGUACAAUGGGAUUUACAUUCGUGCAUAUUCGUGUUGUCCAACGGAUAGUUGACACACACUGCGUAUAUUGUCUUAGGCGAUCAGUACAGAGGGAAGGUAGGGGACCUGCAGAGGAGGCUGGGCACAGCUCGUGAAUGUGCAAGACAAGUAAGCCCCGCUGUUGGCAGAAGUAACCCGUAGCUCGAGGAAUGGAGGCCAGCUAGGUCUUUACAUGUAAGCAAGC